AUGGUCGGGGAACCGAGCCUGGCCGAGUUCAACGCCCGCUACGACUUCAUGGCCAGCCGCAACGACACCUACUACAUCCUGGUGAUCUGCGACACGACAGGGACCGUGGUGGGCACGGGCUGCGUGCUCGUCGAGCGCAAGUUCAUCCACAAUAUGGGCCUGGUCGGCCACAUCGAGGACAUCGCCGUGGCCAAGAACCAGCAGGGCAAGAAGCUGGGCCUGCGCAUCAUCCAGGCCCUCGACUCCGUGGCCGAGCGUGUCGGCUGCUACAAGAGCAUUCUGGACUGCAGCGAGGCCAACGAGGGCUUCUACGUCAAAUGCGGCUUCAAGCGCGCCGGGCUCGAGAUGGCUCAUUAUUAUGAGAAGAAUCCCAAGACGAGUCUUUGA